AUGUCACCACCAGUAAACCGCGCCUGGUGGAAGGAGUCCUCCGUCUACCAAAUAUGGCCCGCCUCCUAUAAAGACUCCAACAACGAUGGCAUCGGCGACAUCCCCGGCAUCAUCUCCAAACUCGACUACAUCAAACAACUCGGGGUGGACAUAAUCUGGCUGUCCCCUUCUUACAAAUCGCCGCAAGUCGACAUGGGCUAUGAUAUUUCAGACUACUACAGCAUUCACGCACCUUAUGGAACAGUCGAUGAUGUUGAGAAGCUGAUUAGUGGGUGUCACAAAAGGGGGAUGAAGUUGUUGAUGGAUCUAGUGGUCAAUCAUACAAGUGAUCGGCAUGAGUGGUUUCAGAAGUCGAGAAGCUCCAAGGAUAACGAGUUUAGGGAUUGGUAUAUUUGGAAACCUCCUAGGUUUGAUGAGCAGGGGAAUAGGCAUCCGCCGAAUAACUGGGUGUCUCAUUUUCAGGGCAGUGCGUGGAAAUACGACGACUUGACAGGCGAAUACUACCUCCAUCUCUACGCAGAGGCACAACCAGACCUGAAUUGGGAACAUCCCCCAGUUCGCAAAGCCGUAUAUGACAUUGUACGCUUCUGGCUUGACAAGGGUUGCGAUGGUUUCCGUAUGGAUGUCAUCAACUUCAUUAGCAAGAAUCAAGAGUUCCCUGAUGGACCCGUGACAAACCCUGAGACUCCCUGGCAAUGGGGGCAUACUCACUACGCUAACGGGCCCAGGCUACACGAAUAUCUGCAAGAUAUCGGCAAGAUCCUGCAAGAGUAUGACGCUUUCAGUGUAGGCGAAAUGCCAUUCGCGACAACGCUCGAAGACGUACUUAAAGCAGUCCGCUUCGACCGGAAGGAGAUCAACAUGAUCUUUGACUUUGAGCAUGUCGACGUUGAUCAUGGAAAACUCGACAAGUUCGGGCGCGGAAGGUGGAAGUUGACCGAUCUGAAACGCCUGUUUAAUAAAUGGCAGACAUUUAUGUACGAAAACCAAGGAUGGAAUGCGUUGUACUGGGAGAAUCACGAUCAACCGCGAUCUAUUGAUCGGUAUACCGGUGCCAGCCCUGAGCAUUCGGUCAUUGCAGGCAAGAUGUUGGCUACGUGUCUCGCAUUGAUGGCGGGCACGCCAUUUGUGUACCAGGGACAGGAAUUGGGGAUGCGGAAUGUGCCGAUUGAGUGGCCGAUUGAGGAGUACCAGGAUAUUGAUUGUUUGAAUCAUUGGAAGAGACAUCUAGAAACAGAACACGACAACCUCGAAGCUCUCAGCAACUACCGCAAGGAAUACCAAAAGAAAUCUCGAGACAACGCCCGCACCCCAGUGCAGUGGACCGCAGGUCCAAACGCAGGCUUUACGGACGACGCCAAUGUUAAACCCUGGAUGAGCGUCAACCCUAACCACACACAGAUCAACGCUGAGAGUCAGGUGUCUGAUCCUACAUCUGUCUACAACUACUGGCGCUCGGUCUUGGGUUUGCGAAAGAAGUAUCUCGACAUGUUCGUCUAUGGAGAUUUUGUGCUGGUAGAUCGUGAUAAUGAGAAUAUAUUUGCUUAUACCCGCCAGUUCGGAAAUCAGCAGGCAUUGGUGGUCUGCAACUUUACUGAUCGGAUGAUUGAAUGGGAUUCCACGAAGAACUUGAUCAGAGGAGAGGUGAAGGAGGUCUUGUUAAACAACUAUGGGGUGAGCGAGAGGUUUAGCGGAGAAGAGAGUUGGGUGCUGCGACCGUAUGAGGCUGCAGUGUUGUUGGUUGCCUGA